GUACCAUUGUAGAUAUAAAUACGCUUUACCUACUGAAACUCCUGUUGUAUUGUACAAUUUUAAGAUUUUUUUACUUGAUUAAUUUACAGUGUUUUAUCAACAAAACUGUUGAUUUCUGUUGUAAUGGCUCUUUGUGUCUGUAAAUGUUUGAAUGUAAACUUGGAAAGUGAAAAAUUUGAAGAUAAUGUCGAUAUUGAGAAGCUGGAAAUAUCAACUACCGAACAAAGGGAUAUUUUUUUCAGUGAGAAACUUCUGUCAUGUUUUGUUAGCUCUUUAAAAAUAAAAGUCACACAGCAAGCUUUGUUGGGUUUACGCACGGUGGGUCGCUGGGUCAUCCACUCGUGCCUGGCUUGCAACCAAAGCACUCAUGCUGUAUUAAGCGACCGAACAAAUGGAGAGAGCAUUGCUCUUAUUAACAAAUCCACUCUUACAACUGUGGAACGGGUGAAUACUCUGAGAAAAUCAAAUAAUUUCUCACCCGUCUUCAAUUUAUUGGUGCCUGAAGUAACCAAUGAUAUUGAUAUGAAAGAAAACAUAGACACAAAUAAUCGCAUGUUUAAUGAUAGUAAAGUGUGGCCAACACAGCAGAUGAUUGGUAGCCUUAGCAAGCAACUCAACCAGACCCUGCAAUCCCAGCUAGAAGCUAUUGAAGAUUCGGUCCGACAAUUCAGAGAUCAGAAGUAUGCAGAGUAUGAAGCUUACAGAGAAAGAGCUCAAAGAGAUCACAAGAUUUUAGCUAGCAUUGUAAGCAAGGCGCGGACAUCUGCAGUGGACAGUGAGGGCUGGAGCGUGGACACAUCCAUUGACAAUGGUCCCCCAUCACCACAACUACCUCCACUACAGAGAAGAAGACUGUCCUCUUUUAGAGAUGCCAAAAAAGUUUCACAAAAUAAUAUUAAGGCUAUAAACUUCCCGCCGGAAGAUGAUUCUUUAGAUGCGGAGGAGCUUUUUGACUUAGAAGGCAUGGACUCGCGUGGUAACGUGACAUCAGACCAUGAUGACUAUGAUUCUGAUCAAGAAAGCAACGAUGAAGGCAUUCAAAUGUCACGGCGCCGCGUCAACGCCGCCAGUGAUAUUGCACAUUCGCUGCCGAUCGAUAUGCCUAAAUUUCCUAAUGAUCGGGCCACACGUAGAGAAAUUGAUGAUGAUGAGGAGCCGCAGGACAUAGCGGCCAGCAUCAAAGCACUGGCACGGUCGGUGCACGGCGACGUGUUUGAACUGCCGCGCCCACGUUUCUCCACUCAGAUCUAGCUGUAGUCGGCAUUUCUUGCUCAGACCUCUCGCCUUACCUAUGUAAAAUUUCUUUAAAACUUUACUUUGUAAGGACAAGUCCUGAUCUACAACAAUAGUUAUGUCGAAAUUAGAAUAUCUCAUCGAGUUGUGUAUAUUUGAGCGUGUUUGCGUAUCAGAGUAAGCCUGAGGCCACACACUGGUGCUUUAGAUCGUGAUCACAGUGACCCAACUCGCUGUUGCCGAAUAACGACACAGCUAGUGGCUGUGGCAGUGUAUCUACAUCGUGAUAUAGAGCAGAUGAUGACAGCUUCGCCAUUUGUUCGUAGUCAUAUAAAACAGAAAAUAUGAGGUUUCAUUGAAUCGAAAAAGACAAACGAUGUAGCUAAGUUCGACUUGAUAAUAGGCCAUAUUUUUUGUAUUGUCAUGACGCAUGACUUAGGAGUUAAGAAAUAAAUAUAAAGCAGCUUAAUAAUUUUUAUAAUAUGAAUAAAUACAUUGAAUAUUAUGAUGAAAAAAAAAAACAAGUUCAAUAUUCCUUAACCACUGAAAAUCAACUACUGCUCGGAAUCCACGGAGGAGCAAUAUAUGAACUGUCUAUUUUGCAGACUCAAUGAAGUUACACGGUAUUAUAUGAUACUUUUUAUACAAAUAUGAUCUGAUAAUUUCAUUAAAACCUGAAAAUCAUUUACUAUUAAACAUUAAAAAGUAAGCCUGCUAAUUCUGUUUGUCUCACUUAUAAUACCAACAUAAUAGAAAAGUAAGACUAUAAGAAAGAGGCUAUAAAACGUUACAAUAAUGAGCGUAUCUAAUUAUAUAGACAACCCAAAUUGUUACAGUGUAUAUGCAUUAAGGCAGUUGAGUAUAACUUCUAAGAAUUAGAAAAAUUAGCCCGGAGACCUGGAGGUCAGAUCCAUCCGCAACAACUUGUAUCUUGUAAUAUAUACUGGACGACGCACAAUAAGUCUCUUGAAGUGGAAUUAUUCCAGUACCUGUUAUAAUAUAGUUUAAACUGUAAUGAUCACUUUGUCAUAUACCUCUAGAUACAAACGCUUUACACAGUUAAACAUUUUUAUUCUUGUCUGUGUGAAUAAAAAUAAUAAAAUGUUUAAUUAUUCAAUCAUAACUAAUGAAAUAAUAUGUAUAUAAUAUAUUGUACAUUCAAAUUUUCUGUAAAAAAUAAUAUCACAUUGACAAUCGAUCCCAUAUAAAAAUCUGAAAUAUAUCCGAAAAUAUAAUAAGAAAUAAACAAACGCAGGCAACGAUUUUGAUGUAAAAAUGCAUAAACAGUGGCGCGUUUUCUUUUGUUUAAAAAAUAUUCUUUAGUCAAAAGUUGCUUAUGACCGGAAAAGAUAUAAUAAUUAAUCUAAGGUGUUAGCUAAUUUUUGACACUCGAUACUAUCUGGAGAUAUAUGAUCUUGAAUUUUCAAUGCAUAUAGUGACGUGCCAACCGUUAAUAAUUUUAUUAAGAAUAUAAAAGUCCUGGUCGACUUGAAAAAUAUCAUAGUUACGGGUCUGGCUUACAUUAGUCUCGGUAUAUGAGUGGAAGCAUAUUUGUGUCUGUGACAUGUUAAAUGUAUAUAAAAUUAUAUGUGAGUAACAAGUAAAUUUAUAUAACUAUCAUAAUGAAAUGUUAACAUCUAAGUCAUAUCUCCGUUAAUAGAGACUUUUCUAUUAUUUUUAUCAGGUGUUAUCUUAUUGAUAAGUGAAAAUGUACAAAAAUAUUAAUACUUGCAUUUCUUACUAGUCUUUUAGGGUCACGAAUAAUUUUUUUUUCAGGAUUAAGUGUACCAAAUCAUGUCAUAUUUAAAAAAAAAACAUUAAAUGUACAUAAAAUAACCAUUGUUAUUGCUUUUGACGAAAAUUAAAAUUUUUGACAUACAUUUAUUUUUAUAACCAUUUUGAAUGUUUAUGAGAAUGAAACUAUUGACUCGAAGAGUGGGCUUCAUUGAAGUUGUAAGCAUUCAUUUAUAUUAUGAUUUUGUUUUGUAAACGUAAACUGUAUUUUUAAGUUAGUAUCUAUUUGAUAUAUUGUGUUAAACUGAACAAAUUAUCCACGACAAUUCAGUGUCUUCCAGUAGCACUGUCCUGUAAAACGGAAUACGUGAUCUUUUAAUUGUGAUGUCAGUUCCAGUCAGUUGUUUUAUUUUAGUUGUUUCAUUGGUGUGACGUAUAUGAGAGGGAAUUUGAUUGUAUUGAUUUAGAGAUCAUAUAAUAAAGAUAUUGACCGUGA